AUGAUUAACUUAAGUUAAAUAUUAGAAGGUGAGAAUGGUGAGAUAACAUUUUGUGAGGAUGAAAGUCAGGUUGAUUUAGAAGAUAUCUUAUAAGAAGAAGAAGAGAUAAGAGAAUAAGUGAAUUAUUUGAAUAGUGAUUCUUAAAUAUUGGAAUGUAAUAAUUAGAAUAAUGAAUCAUUUAUUUGUGAUAAAGAAGAAUUCAUUUCUCCAAUUUAAAUAAUGAAUUAAGGGUAUUAAUCAAAAACAUUUGGGAUUUCAACAAAUUAUUUAAUCAAUUACUGGGAGAAAUAGUUAGCAUUAUACUCAAAUAAUAAGAAUAACAAAUCUAUUUAAAUUUAAGAUGUGUCUUAUAUUUCAGUUAAAGGUUAAAUAAUAGCUGUUGGUUUUGAGAAUGGUUUAAUUCAAGUAUACGAGGGAAGUUAAUUAAAAUUAGUCCAUAAAAUAUAAGAGCAUUAGACUACAAUUAUAGGUUUGAAUAUAGUAGAUAUAUAAAUAAAUGAAUUAAUGAUAGCAUCAUCUGAUUUAGAUGGUAAUGUCAAAUUAAUAAGAAUAGGAUAGAAUUUAUUCAGAAGUAAAAUUGUAACAAAUACUAUUAUGAAUAAAUUUGAAUAUCCUGUAACUCAAUUAAUAUCUUAACAUUUUAAAUAUUCUGACUCUCAUAAAGCCAGUCUAUUAUUGACUUUAGCAAAUACUAAUAUGGUUAUAACAUUAUCUAUCAAUCCUGAAGUUAAAGUAAUACAUGUUUUUGAUAAAUAAAAAUCUAAUAAUGAUUUACACUGGGGAAAAUGUCAUUAUGAAGGAAAUCUAAUCUAAUUGUUAUCUAUCUAAUGGAAUUCAUUCAUUUAAUUAAUUACUUUUCUAGAAAAUUCUCCAUGGUAUUUUUCAUUCUAUUCUGCUGAUACAUAAUUGAUUGGAGCUAAAUUCAUCUCAGAAAAUCUAAUAAUUGCUGCUACUGAAGGAUAAUUUCUAGUUCUCUAUAUACCAUAUUUCUCUAAAGGUAAAUAUUGCUUUAAAUCUGAUGGAAAAGCUAAAAUUUCAAACACAAAUUUCCAUUAAAAUAUUUAUUGUUUAAGAGCUAUAAAUAAUGUAAUCUAUUUUAUAUCAGAAAAUUAACUCUAUUCAUUACAUGCACUUAGUUGGUUAUAAUAUCUUAAAUCAUUAAUCUAAAACGAUUCACCAUAAUGGACUAUAGCAUUAAGGUUUCUUGUUUAAGUUUAUAAAGGUAAAGUUAAAGGAAUGCCUAACUUAGAAUUAGAGGAGGAUAGAAAUGCUAUUCAAACUUUAGCUCCUACUCUUAUAACCAGUAUCACUCAUUCCAAAAUUAAUAGAGAAUUAAUAUCAAGUGUUGUUCAAUUUAUACUUCUUUGCUAAAUUCCUUAACAUUUGAGUAUAAUUAGAUAAGGAUGUGAAAAACAAUUUGUUUUGGAAGAUUAUUACAGAGUUUUAGAAAUUCAUUUAAAAAAGAUAACAUAAUUACCAAAAGAGAUUUUCUUUGAUUUAGCUAAUAAAUUUUCUCCUGAAUCUUUUCAAUAGUUAGUGAUAAAUUUAGAUUUAAAUUCAAUAGAUAUAGGAUAUACUUAUGAUGUUUGUCUAAGUAAAGAGAUAUAUACUCCAUUACUAUAUAUAUGUCCAAGAAAAGAAGAAGAUUUUAUAACUCCUUUGAAUAAAAUGUUUGAGAAACAUAAAUAAGAACUCUAUGAAAAAUGUUUAUGGUUUAUUGAAAUAACAUAAAAAUAAAUUUUAUUUCCAAAUGAUUAAAUACCUUUAGAAAUUUGGAAGAAAGCUAUUAGAUAAUAAAUAUUAUGGUUAAUGGAAGUAUUGGAUGUAUUUUAGAGUGAGAAGAUGUUUUAAAUACUUAGUACAUAUCUUAAACAUCCUUGUUUUGGUGCUUUACUUAAUGAAUCAGUCUACUCUUAUUUUAAUAUUACUUAAGAGAAUUUAUUAGCUACAAAGAUUUUUGAAUAAGUUAGUAACAUUAAAUAAAAUUAUUUACUAUAAUAUUUAAUAUUUGUCAGUAAGAUUAUUGAUUAAAUAAAAGUAUAAGAUGCAGAGAAAUUAAUAUUACAAAUAUUUGAAAUCAAUAAAUCUUAUAUUGAUAAUUAUGUUGCAAUGCCUGAAGAUUUGGAUUAGAUUUUAUAAAUAAUUUAUUAUUUAAUGCCUCAUACAUCAUUAAUUGAUAAAGCAUAUGAGUGUAAGUGUGUUGAUUAUAUCGCAUAUUAUUUCUUAUCUUAAAAUCAAUUUGAUUAAGCUAUUCAAAUAUUCUUCAAUUAUGAAUAAUUUAAACUUAGAGUCUAUAAAUGGCUUUAAUAUCAACCUUAUGAUCCAUUAAUGUUAGAUCAACUUGAUAAAUUAUUAUAAUUAGAUCCUGAAAAAUGUGCAAAAGUAUUUUAAAGUUGGCCAAUCGAAACUUUAUAAAAACUCAUUAUUUAUUAACCAAAAAGAGAAUUACUUAAUGUAUUCAAAUAUCUCUCUAUUGAUCUCUCUUAGUUUCUUUAAUUAAAAUUAAUUGAAUUAAUCAGUAUACAUGAACCAGAAAAUACUAUUUCAUGGCUUAAAAAUAAAUAAUAUUAAUUAGAAGAUGUAGAAUAAAUAUUUUUAUAAACUAAUAAUAUUGAAGGAUUAGGUUAUAUUAUGGAAUAAAAGGGACUUUAUUAAGAAGCUAUUGAUAAUUAUCUAUAAGUUUAUAAAGACGAAUCUAGAAAUUAUAUUAUAUCAUUUCGAAAUUAAGAUAGAGUAACUUAAUUAUUUCAAAAUCUAAUUAGAGCUACUAAAAUAGCUGUCUAAUCAGCAGAUUUAAAUUAAGAAUUAUAUUUAUAUAUAGCACAUUAAAUAUUUAAUCCAUUAAUGCAUUAAACACAUUGGUGUAAACUGAAAAAAUCAUAUAUUUUUAAUCAAUAAUUUAGUUAACUCUUCAUGCAUUUAUUUCGUUAUUCUCCAACUGAAUUAAUCAAAAUUAUUGAAAUAAAUCAUGAAACAUUUAAUUAAGUACAUCUCAAAAAUAGUUUUAUUACUGUUUUUAAAGAAUUUGGAUAUGAAAAAUAAUUAGUAGAAAAAAUAUCUCAAAUUAUUAGAAAUGAUAAUAUUAAAUUACUCAAAUUACUUUAUACUUUGCUUAAUAAAUCAAAUCUAUAUGAAACAACUUGUAUUGAAUGUUAAUAACCAUAUACUCAAGAUUAAGUCAUUCUUUUAAAAUGUGGACAUACUAUUCAUCCAUUCUGUUUGGAAAAUAAAUAUUGUCCUAUUUGUCAAAAUAUUUCAACUUAAUCAUGUAUUUAUUAUAAUCUAUAUUUAUAGUAAUUGAAAGUAUUGGAAUUGAAGAAUUAAAGAAAUCUAUCUUGAAAUCUAAAGUUGAUAAUUAGCAAUUAUAAUUAUUGAAGAAUGUUGAUGAUAUAGAUUUAGAGGAUAAUUUUAUUACAUCUACUACAUAAGAUGAUAAAGAAAUUAUGGAAUUAAGAUUACUAAAUAAAUUAGAUAUUUAUGAUUAAUUAAUUGAUUCUGCAUUACAAUAGGUAUUAUUAUUUAAUACUUUUAUAGUAUAAUUCAUUUCUUGAUUCAUAUUUUUGA